CCUGGUUAUUGGUACACGUGAUGAUUCCUAACAAAAGAUUUAAAUUUAUAAUUAUUGCAUUAUGAUAUUAUUGAAAUUUCGCAAGAUGGGUAGGUAAUGAAAAAUGGUAAGAUGCAAUCAGAAAAAUAUCUUCAGCUAACAUUGGCUGUAAUUAAGCCGCAUAUCGUUAAAUCUCCCUUUGUGCUUCAGAAAAUUCGAAACUUAAUUAUUGACAAUAAUUUGAAAAUUGUCAGAUCACGCAGGUCAAUAAUUACCCAAGAAGAAGUAACACUAUUUUACGAAGAGCACAAAGAAAAAUUCUUUUACAAUCGUCUGUUGACGUUUAUGUGCAGUGGUCCUUCUGAUAUUCAUAUUUUAGCUGAUUAUGAUGCUAUUAUUAAGUGGAGACAAUUAAUGGGACCCACAAGAGUUUACCAAGCACAGUAUAUUGCUCCUGAUACUAUUCGCGGAAUGUUUGGUCUGUCAGAUACAAGAAAUGCAACACAUGGAUCUGAUUCAGUUGAAUCUGCCAGAAGAGAGAUUUCAAUAUUUUUCAAGGAUUUUGAUAUCAGAAGAUGGUAUCAAAAUGAAGAAAGAUAUUAUAGUUUAGGACAGCUUCAAUUUGAUCCAGUUGCAUUUGUACAUACUAUUGAUAGAAAUUUAAUGAAUAGAAAUUGAUAAGAAAGAUGUGACAAAGUGAAUACAAUAUUGCCCGAUAAAUUGAAAUAAGGUAGAAGAAAAAAUCUUAAAAACUAGUAAGAACAGCAAUGGUCAAUUCAAAAGGCAAUGAGGUAGUUAUUGGUGUAACUAAGUAGGGGCUGAACAGAAUUUCAGAAUCCCGAAAUUCCAGUUUUUCUGAAUUAAGAAAUUCGAAAAUUUUAGAAUUUCAAGAUUCUCUAAAUGCACUAAUUUAUGCAACUGAAAACAAUACGCACAAUAAUAAUAUUAAACAUUUGAUUGUUUUACUAAAUUUAAGAGACCUGGUCCAUCCAAUACAAAAAAACAGUUGUAGUAUAUGUUUGUUAAUUGUUUAAUAAUAUAGAAUGUUAUUUAUUAUGUACAGAAAUUUUAUGUAUACUUUCGCAUCAUUGUUAAAUAAAUAAAAUUACGCGCCUACACAUUUACACAUAAAUGUGCAACAUAUUAACAA